CCUUUGGAGUGGGCAGGGACAUGACCACAGAAAGCCUGGGAAGUGGAAACAGACAGGAGCCUGCUGGAACUCUUGGAGCUUUGUAGGGGGAAGGAGGCAGGCACUCCACCCUGACCUGCCCCCGCCUCCGCCUCCAGAUGAGGUUCUUCUCUGCCUGCCCCUGCUCUCAAGAGGCCUCGCAGCCAGCUCCUCCUGCCAGUCUCCUUGCCCUGCUGGCCCAGAGGGAUCUGCUGUCCCUACAGCACCCAGGAAGGCCACAGGGAAGGGGCACAGGUGGCAUGGGUUUCUGAAGCAAUAGGAUCUGCUCUGUGUGGCUCUCGCCAACCCCCUUUGCCCUUCUGUGACAGUGUGUGUACGUGUCUGUGUGUGUAUGUACCUGUGUGGUGUGGCUCACAGGGUCACCCCAGUGGGUGGGAUAAUAAGAGACAGAGUGACCCCUCUCUUCCAUACAUUCAUACUUUUUUUUCCGAACUUGUGAAUACUCACACUGUUAAUAAUCCUGUGCCGUCCCAUGACUUUCAAUACCACUUAUGUGCCGAUAACCCCCAAGCAUGAAACCCUUACAUGCCUUCAACCCACUGGCUCCCACAAACGCCGGGUCUGUAUCUCCACUGCCUACUAGAUACAUUUCCACUUGAUGCAGUGAACUUCUGGAAACCCCAAUUACAGAUUUCCACUCCUGCCAGCUUUCUUGAGCGCUGCUCCAAGUGUGACCCAAAACCAGCAGCAGCAGCACCCUGAGCUGAGACAGCAAAUCUCAGGCCCUACCUUAGACCUGCAGCAGAAGCUCCAUUGGUUUAUUGUUUUUGUUUUUGUUUUGAGACGGAGUCUUGCUCUGUUACCAGGCUGGAGUGCAGUGUGGCAAUCUCGGCUCACUGCAAUCUCCACCUCCCAGGUUCAAGAGAGUCUCCUUCCUCAGCCUCCCGAGCAGCUGAGACUACAGGCAUGCCACCAUGCCUGGCUAAUUUUUUUUUUUCCUGAAGCGUAGUCUUGCUCUAUCAUCUAGGCUAGAGUUCAGUGGUGCGAUCUUGGCUUACUGCAACCUCUGUUUCCCAGGUUCAAACAAUUCUCCUGUCUCAACCUACCACAUAGCUAGGUGUGUGCCACCAUGCCAGGCUAAUUUUUGUAAUUUUAAUAGAGAUGGGGUUUCACCAUCUUGGCCAGACUAGUCUUGAACUCCUGAUCUCAAGUGAUUCACAUGGGGUGGCCUCCCAAAGUGCUGGGAUUACAAGUGUGAGUCACUUUGGCCGGCCACAUCCCUGUUUAUUUAUUUAUUUAUUUAUUUUUUUGAGACGGAGUUUCGCUCUUGUUGCCCAGGCUGGAGUGCAAUGGCACAUUCUCGGCUCACCGCAACCUCUGCCUCCUGGGUUUAAAUGAAUCUCCUGUCUCAGCCUCACAAGUAGCUGGGAUUACAGCCACGUGCCACCAUGCCCAGCUAAUUUUUUAUAUUUAGUAGAGACAGGGUUUCACCAUGUUGGCCAGGAUGGUCUUGAUCUCUUGACCUCAUGAUCCACCCGCCUCGGCCUCCCAAAAUGCUGGGAUUAUAGGCGUGAGCCACCGUGCCCGGCCUGGGAAACUCUUAUUAUGUUUACUGGUUUAUUAUGGAGGAAAAUGUUUUUUCUUUAUUCUUUUUUUUUUUUUUUUGGAGACAGGGUUCUACUCUGUCAACUAGAGUGAGUGCAGUGGUAGGGUCUGGCUCUGUUACCCAGCCUGGAGUGCAGUGACACAAUCUCGGCUCACUGUAGCCUUGAUUGUCCCCAACCCCUGCCACUGGCCCAGCUCAAGCUAUUCUCUUGCCUCAAUACUCCACCCUCCCAAGUAGCUGGGACUCCAGGCACACCCCAUCAUGCCCAGGUAAAUUUUUUUGUAUUUUUUGCAGAGACAGGUCUCACUCUGUUGCCCUAGUUGGUCUUGACCUCCUGGGCUUGAGCAAUCCCCUUGCCUCAGCCUCCAAAAUUGCUGGCAUCAUAGCAUGAGCCACUGUGCCCAGCCUCGAAGGAUAUUUUAAAGGAUAGAAAUAAACAGCCAUAUGAAGAGAUGCAGACAGGGGGGCCUGGAAGGGUCCAGAGCUGGAGCUUCUAUCUCCAUAGAGCUAGGGUUACAUCACCCUCUGGGCACACAGAUAAGUUCUUCACCUUCCCCUCAGCCUCCACACCUUCGGCUCCCAGAAGCUCCCCGAAGCCUGUCCUUUGGGCCUUUAUGGAGAACUUCGUUGGCUUCAUGAUUGAAGCAUGGACAACUGUCAAAAUGUGUUUGGACAAAAAGUAUCUGAUCUAAGCCCAGCAAGGCCGGUCCAGAUUCUUCCGGCCUUUGUGCAGCAUUCCUUUCUCCAUGGUGUGGGGCAAGGACCCACUCUGGAAUGAGGAUCCUACAACCCACAUCAGAUUAGAGUCCUGCCUUGGGCAGGUGAAAAGAGGACACGAGAAGGUCGGAAGAGGAGAGGCUAUUUUCUGAGUCCUGAGGCGCCCCAAGAUUACAGUGAAAGAUCGUAACCAUGGUCAUGUGAGUUAUGAGCUAGGAACUGUGGACGAAACCAACAUAUAUACAAUCAACUCCAACCUCCCAAUGCCUUUCCUUUCACAGCCUCUGCAGCAAACUCCAGUCACUGUCAUUGCUCCUGUGGCCCAGAGGCAUGCCCAGGGGAAUCUGCUCGGGGUGCCAGUCUGUGCCCACAUGGGAACCCACACCUGCUUGUAAAGCCUUCCCUCCCUCUGAGCAGCAACCAGGACAGUUUGGUGUUCCAAGCAGUGGGCUCUUGUCUGUUUUGACUCAGAACAGGGUGGGGAGAGCAGGCCAGGGACCCGCAGGAGGGCUUAUCCUUGAGAUUGCGUGGGAGACACAACAAGAGGUGGGGGCCCGCAGGCAGGGUGGGGCGGAGCAGGUGAUAUCCAGCCCAGAGCCCCAGCCUCUCCCCAGAGUCUCACCAUGGCUUGCACAGUGGUGCUGAUCACUGGCUGUUCCUCAGGCAUCGGCCUACACUUGGCCGUACGACUGGCGUCGGACCCAUCUCAGAGCUUCAAAGUGUACGCCACCAUGAGGGACCUGAAAACACAGGGCCAGCUGUGGGAGGCAGCCAGGGCCCAGGGGUGCCCUCGGGACUCCCUGGAGACAUUGCAGCUGGACGUAAGGGACUCAAAAUCCGUGGCCAAUGCCCAGGCAUGCGUGACCGAGGGCCGCGUGGACAUACUGGUGUGUAACGCGGGCCAGGGCCUGCUGGGGCCGCUGGAGGCGCUGGGGGAGGACGCCGUGGGCUCUGUGCUGGAUGUGAAUGUGGCAGGGACGGUGCGGAUGCUGCAGGCCUUCCUGCCAGAGAUGAAGCGGCGCGGUUCCGGUCGCGUGUUGGUGACCGGGAGCAUGGGAGGACUGAUGGGUCUGCCCUUCAAUGACGUUUACUGCGCCAGCAAGUUUGCGCUGGAAGGCUUAUGUGAGAGUCUGGCGGUUCUGCUGCCGCCCUUUGGGGUCCACGUGAGCCUGAUCGAGUGCGGCCCGGUGCACACGCCCUUCAUGCAGAAGGUGUUGGGCGGCCCCGGCUGGAUGCUGGACCGCACGGACACCCGGACCCGCCGCCUCUUCCACCAAUACCUCCAGCACAACAAAGAGAUCUUCCGCGAGGCCGCGCAGCACCCGGAGGAGGUGGUGGAGGUGAGCGCAGGGCCGGACUCUGGGAGCGGAGCAGGGACGGUGCGCCCUCCGGUGCACAGCCGGGGCCAGAGCUCCCUUCCCGCCGCCUCAGGUCUUCCUCACCGCUCUGCGCGCCCCGAAGCCGGCCCUGCGCUACUUCACCACCGAGCGCUUCCUGCCCCUGCAGCAGAUGCGCCUGGACGACCCCAGCGGCUCCAGUUACGUCGCCGCCAUGCACCGCAAUGUGUUCCCCAAAGAGCCAGCAGAGGCCGAGGCCGGGGCCGGGGCCGGUGGGGUGGGGGACCCUGAGCUCGGUGAUACUCUGGCCGCCCCGCAGUAGAGGCUCCCUCAGUCGCUGUCUUGCGCCCUCCUUUGUCCCCUGGGUCUGUGUGGUCCCUAGGGAUAAGGCAGCAGUGGCGGCUGUGGAUGGCGAAUUAAGACCGAUCGCCUUAGCCCGGUAUACCUGCGCGACUAUGUGCGAUGGCUGUCGCCUGUAAUCACAGCACUUUGGGAUGUGGAGGCAGGAGGAUCGCUUGAGCCCAAGAGUUCGAGACCAGCUUGAGCAAGAUAGUGAGACCACCCCCCCCCCCGCCAUCUCUACAAAAAUAAAACACUUUAAAAUGAC